AUGUACGGACGACCUCAACCAGAUCCCCCAUCGCAGCCUGAAUGGCGAGUGCCGCCGCGUCGCCCGGUAGGCCAACAGGCUGAACCACCACUACCGCCCCCGCCACCCCGUCCACAGACGACGGGUGCCUACAGCCCAGCAACCUAUGGCCCGAUCUCACACCACUCGGCAACUGCAGACGCGUCGCCGGUAUCAGGGCGCGGUGCGGAUCCCAGAACUUGGGGGGUGCGGUACAACCAGCUACCACACCCGAUUUAUGCCCCGCCGCCCUUGCCGCCUCGGCCAUCGAGCACCAACGAGCAACCUUACGCCUAUGCGCAACCGCAACCGCCGCCUCCGCCCGUCAACAACAGCAUCUCCCCGGUACCCCCAACCCAUGGUAUCGAAUCGCUCUCCGAUGCACAGGCGGCCCCAUCGGCCUCGCUGACCAUCCCACCGCCAUAUACAGCGCAUGCAGCUCCAGCUCCAGCUACCAUUCCGCCCCCGCCCCCAAAGAAGCCGGAAGGAUAUCAGCGAACUCCGCCGCCCGUUCAACCUGGUACGCUGGAACGGCCUCCGCUGCUCGCGCAAGGCGUAGGGCCAGCGGCAACACAAGGCUCUUAUGGGUUUCCCGGAGAUGCUUCCACCGGUACCAGGAUAGCUCCAGCGGGUCCGUCGGCGCUGGGCCCCGGGACACCGUCGGAUUGGGAGCAUUUGGCACCGACGCCGGGUGAAUUUGAUGACGGCCCUUGGUUUCCACCGAGGAGGCCUCCACCUCCGCCUGACACCCAAACUCCACCUCCGCUUAAUACCCAAACUCCAACUUACCCUCCAAUGCAAUCGCCAAUGUCUAUUUACACUCCACCAGGUCAUUCGACUGGAAUGCCCCAUCCUGCAACAACCGCUCCAGAAGAUGCACCUGUCCCACUGCGGGUAGAUGCAGCUCAGCCGUAUCCGAGAAAUGUGUAUCAAGCUGAUCCGCCGCGACGAAAUGAUUCAAUUUCGCCAAUCAGUCCUGCUAAUACACACGGAACGCCCCAGGCCGGUCUUCCGAACCGGGUGGACAGUGUUGGCUCUGGUGUCUCUUCCGUCGGAGAUCGUGCCGAUAGUAUAGAUAAUGUCAUCGAUGCUUGGGUUCAACCAUUGUCACCUGCGGCCAAGCCAACUCAGCCAGAUCAUCAGAGUCGCCGAGCCACCCCAGACGCGGUUCCUACGCCUACGCAGAGUAGCCCUCCUCCUGCUCAGGAUACGAGAGCAGUUUCCAGCCCCGCACCACCGCCAGCACAAACUAAAGUGGGACCAAGCAUAGCGGCUCCUAAAGAGGCAGACCCAUAUGAGGAUCUUGAUCCGUGGUUCAAAUCAUCUCUGACGCGCUAUGUUGCGAUGCUGCGCAAAGAGGCAGUCGCGGACUCGGACGAGGAGCGCUUCAAGAUCUUCACUGCAUUUACUGUCAAGGAGACCAAGCUUCGUGAGAUUCUCUAUAAUGUUGAACACGAGCCGCAAGAUGUCCACUCAGCCCUUCGUGCCUCUGUGACAACGCCGAGGCGGUCGUCUCCCGGUUUAGAGGGUCGCAAGCCAACAAUCGAAUCGGGAUUGAUUCCCGUAGAGUCAGAAGAAAUAAUGUCUCCGACUACAACAGUCACAGAUGAUGGAAACGAUGUGGAUGAUGUAGCUAGCGAAUAUAGCGCGGGAGGCCGCCCUAUCCAGGCCAUGCGAGCUCGUCGAGCCUCACAAUGGCUGCCAAAGCUUUCAACCCUUUCAUCGGGCGGAGACUCUACGAAACGUCUCUCCAGAACUCCUUCAAUGCAGGUCUCAGCGGAUGCGACCAUCCAAAAGCAGACAAUGGAACCGCUCACAACGAAUCCCCCGCGGCCUAUUUAUACACCCUUUCAAUAUACCGAGGGCCCCCAACGUGGCUCGGACAACCUCACCUUCGACCGUCCUGCAUAUCAGGCCUACUCUGAUCUGCGACAAGCAUCUGCCGUGAGCGGACGAUUCAUGUCUAACGCCCCUCCGCCUAUCCUUCGAUCACGAUCUAACACCCUACCAACUUCUCCGGCCCAGGAUGAGCACAAUGAAACUUUCCUUGGCCUCAUCCGCCAUAAGAGCAGCGCCUAUCAACCCAUCAAUCACCGGGAAACAAUGACACCACCACGGCUUCCAGGGACCCUUCGACAGCAUCGUCAGAGUAAUGACCCUUUGGAGGAUAUGCGUGCCAUGGUCUGGACUCCUCUGGACAAACAAGCUGAAAGCUCAUGGCAUAUUACGACUCGGGAAGGUUUUGAGAAAUUCCCAGACGAUUUUUCAUAUAUCCAACAAGCCAUCAAUAAAUGGGAGGGUUCCGCGCAAGCACGUCGACAGAGAUUGGAUCAAGAACGCACAGUUCGACAGGAACAGUCAGAGGCUGAGAUCGACGAUCUCUUCAAUAACAAGGAGAUUGGUUAUGCGGAUAUCAAUACACUGGAAGAGGGUUUCCGUCAAACGGAGGCUCGUGUUCAACUGGAUGAGGAGCGAGAAGAAGUGGAUGAUUUUAUCGCACGGGUGUUCAAUCCUUUGGAUGAGCGUCUGAAGGAUGAAAUUUCGCAUCUUCGUAACUCGUAUGACUCGGCGCUCAACCAACUGGACCGAGACCAGAAAGGAAAGAGUUCGCCAGUUGAGCAAUGCAGCCCAUCUGUGACCAUGAAAAUGGUCAAUGAUAUCCAUAGCAAGCUUGAGAUCCGUUUCCAGAAACGGCUCGAGAUUGCCCUGGACUGCGAGCGUCGUCGCAAAAAGGCUGAACGCCGGCCCCUCGUGUUCAUGGGCGACAUGGUCAGCCUCCGCAAGGUGGAUGGGGACUUUGACAGGAUGGAAAAGCGGAACAUUCUGGAGGCAGCCAAGGAUCGCGACGACCGAGCCAACCGACAUAUGGAUUCGUUCGAUGAUGCGAUCCUCCACGGGCUAGGUAUGAAUCAGAGCCUCCUGGACGAGUUGGCGACAAAAGCCGCCCGGCUAGAUGCCACGAGCCUCCGCGCUUCCGGUCUACCGGAUUCUGAAGUCGAACAGAUCCUCAAGUCCGCGGCAACGUUCGCGGCGUCGCUUCGCACCGAUUCGGAGGCGAUCUUGCGCAGCUCGGGAGUUGCGGAAGUAGCCCUCAACGACGCCGACUACAAUGUCUCCGUCGCCGAAGCGCGAUAUGCCAACUCGGAGCCGGAUAUUUUCCACCGGCUUGAGGCUGAGAAGAAGAAAGAGGAUGCUCUUCUCCAAACGGAGCUGGGUUCCAAGCUGCAAAGCAUCCAGAAGGGCCCGCGAGACAUCGAGGCCACAAUUGAAUGCCUGCUUGAGGAUUUGAAGAAGACCCCUAAGCCUGCGACCCCGGCUCUGUCUGCGCCUCCGCCUCCAACCCUCGUUCCAGCCCACACUCCGACUCCUCCAGCCGCAUCUGUGCCCGAAGAGGCAAUCCCUGCGAAACAGCCAGCUGACAUGUCGCCGCCUCUGGAACUUCGCCCGGCGGUCAUUGCGCCCGGUCAGAAAACUCCGACUCCACCUCCGGUGAGUCGACCUGCGGAUCCAGAGGCGGAGCACAAAGAAAGGCUGCGCAAAGCGCUGGAGGAUGCAAAGAAGCGCAACGCUGCCAAGGCCAACCAAUAA